UGUAUAAUUAUUAAUAAUUUAUUACUAUCGGUUAACUGUACCUACUAAAUAAUAAAAUAUGAAUUUUAAUGAUAUGCAUGCUUUAGCUAAACGUAUAGAUACUCAGGUUAAAUCAUUGGAGGCAAAAGUAGCUCAUCCAAUGAGUAUGAUAUAUUCUAAUAAUUCUAAUCAAGGUGUCAAAGUACUAUCAAUGUUGAAAGAUAUGAUCAAGGAUGUAGAAAAUAAAAAGAAAGAAAUUGAGAGUUUGAUACAAGAAGAAAAUUUAACAUGGUCUGGAAUGGUAGAAGAUUACAACUCUGUUGCUAAAUUUAAAUCAGAAGUUGUUGCUAAUUUGAAUGAUUAUGAAAAUAUGUGGUCAUCUAACUAUCCUGAUUAUAAACCAUUUAUAUCAUACAGUCAUUCUGAUUCAGUAAAUGAAGAAUUAGAUUCUCUCAAUGAACUUAAUAUUCACGAUGAUAGACAAAUAGCAGAUCAAUCUUUAAAUGAUAGUCUCAACAAUGUCAAUAUCACAAUGUCUUAAUAUUUUUAUUGUAUGCAGAGGAUUUUGGUUGGUAAAAAACAAAUUAUUUUAAGCAGAACCGUUACUUCAAU